CGGAGCGAGGAGACAGAAGAGCAGCGACCCUCAGUUUCAGCUUUACUGUCAAACAGGGACGGAGAUAUUUACCUGUGAAGUGUAGCUGCUGUGUUGACUCAGGUCCUUCAGUUGUUAUUCUGUCAUAGUGUCCAGCUGCUCGUCACAGACGGAGACACCACGGUUCAGUAUGUUGGUGCUCUGGAGGAGAUGUUGGUGGCUCUGAGGAAAAGCCAGAGCAAACCCACAGCGGAAGUCCUGACUGAUUACUCAAGAAAAGUCGACUUUCUGAAAGGACUCCUGGAGGCAGAGAAACUGUCUUCACCAACAGAAAAAGCUUUAGCCAAUCAGUUCCUAGCUCCCGGGCGAACGCCAACGAUAGCCAAUGAGAGGAUGCCUGCCACUAAGACUGUCCACAUUCAGACGAAGGCUCGGUGUACGGGAGAGAUGAGGGACGAGCUGCUCGGAAAGGUUCCAUCAGGCAAAGGAACAUCAGAGACAGACUUACGAAACAGAAGGGGUGUUCCUCUGGAUGAGCGUCAGUCGGCUGCAGAGCUGGACGCCGUCCUGCAGCAUCACCACAACCUGCAGGAGAAACUGGCCGAGGACAUGCUCAACCUGGCCCGAAAUCUGAAGAACAACACGAUGGCUGCACAGAACAUCAUCAAACAGGACAACCAGACUCUGAGUCAGUCCAUGCGCCAGGCGGACCUUAACUUUGAGAAGCUGAAGACGGAGUCGGAGCGACUUGAGCAGCACACCAAGAAGUCUGUGAACUGGCUGCUGUGGAUGAUGCUCAUCCUGGUCUCCUUCACCUUCAUCAGCAUGAUCCUCUUCAUCAGAAUCUUCCCCCGACUCAGAUGAUGACCGCAGACAGUCCUGAACUCUUUUUAGUCCUGCGCUCUCCCGUGUUUUUACAGCAUGGGUCUCAGUAGAUCUCCACCUCCUGUAGUGUCUGUGCGUGUGAUGCAGAUCAGUAGUGUUCAGAGCCAGAAGCAGCUCAGGCUGAAGGACUGAAAAGUUUGCACUUUUUGAAACUGAAAUUCUUCCUCUAAACAGGCGGAUGAAAGAAAGAUGUAGAUGCAGGAACUGGUUUAAUGCUUCAGUAUUCAUUUUUAAAAACAGGACGGAACAUGAAUGGAGGUAAAGUGAUACUUGCAUCACAAUCUUAAUACCCAGCCGAGACUGAGCCUUAAUUCAUUUAGUCCCUCACCAGCUCGGCCUCUUGCUCGUCUCAGUCUGCACUUUCUCACGCAGUGGGACUAAAGUCAGUAUAUGUUUGUCAAACAUAUUUACCAUAGAACAUGUGUAGCACAUUGUAUAUUAAAGAGUUUAUGAACCGUCCAGCAUCAAGUGCAUGUCACCCUGGAUAUCCCCAAUUUAACAUCUGAUUCUGACCUAAAACAGUUUGGUAACACUUUACUUUAACUCCCCUGUUAAGUGUUUGUAAAUUGAUAAUAUACAUGUUUAAUAAAUGGUUAAUUCCACACUAAACAGACGUGAGCAGAUACAGACAUUUGAAGCGUGCUUUAAGAUAUAUUUUGCACUAUUACAACUCGAUGAUAUUGUGUGUCAAUACAUCAUCUUCCACUUAUGUGUGGAAGACUUGCAGUUGAAUAAAAAUACAUUUUUAAAAUGUUGUAUCUGUUUGCAGCUACGUUAUAGUGUUUAUAAACCUCUUGUGAAAUGUUAAUAUAAUGCAUAUGAACGUUAAACUGAAGUGUUACCAGUUGUUUUCCUUGAACAGAAUACCAUUACAAACUACGCCUCCAUUUCUUCAUCUGCAAUUGGGAUUUUGAAAAAUGAAUUGUCAACCGUUUUAGAUGUUGAGAUAUUAGAUUUAUUUCAUCACUCCACAUAUUUCCAUCAUCCUCAGUCCUGUUCGUUGUCUAAGAGUCUGUAUGUUUCGCUGGCUGAUUCUGUAAAUGUUCAUCAUGUUCGUCCGGUGAUGUUGUAGUUUGGUGAUGAGAAACAAGUACGUUUUUCCAUCCCUGCGUUCAGGAGGAGCUGGAGACUGUCGAGUGAGAGGAAGGAUUUGUUCUCAUUAAAUGACUGUAACCUCUCA